AUUUAUUGGGUGUUCCUACUAAACCAAAGACACUUUGACUUGCUAGGACAGGUACUUGUGGUCUGCUGCUCAGAACAUUCCUGAUGCUUGUUUAGUGUCAUGGCUACUUGGAGUGUAGAGGAAGAUUGUGAAUCCAAUGGAAACCCAACUGUUGAUGAAGAACCUGAAAGCAAGGACAUCCCUAAUUCUUCAUCUGAUUCAGAAGCCCAUUCAAGAGAGGGUUUGGUGGGAAAAGAUGAUCAAGAUGUGAUACAAGACCAAACCCAACCUACAGCCAGUGAGGAAGAUAACACCAACCUUCUCAGUCUACCUUUCCCCAGGAAGCUCUGGGCCAUUGUGCAGAACGAGGCAUUCAAGUCGGUGAAUUGGACUGAGGAAGGAGACACCAUUAUGAUUGAUGUAGACCUUUUCCAGAGAGAGGUCCUUCAGCUUAAGGGGGCAAAGAAGAUUUUUGAAACAGACAGCUUAAAGAGUUUCAUUCGCCAGCUCAACUUGUAUGGCUUCAGGAAGAUAAGCAGUGAGACCUCUGUAGCUUCCUCUGGAGAGAACAAGAAAAUAAUGAUGUACCGCAACUUCAACUUCCAAAGAGAUAAGCCUGGACUGUUUCAGUAUAUCUGGGGAAAAGAAGACAUAGGCAGUCUUGCCAACCAAGCUACCUGUGUACCUGUUCCACUUAAAUCUUCUCAAGGGCCAACUUCAAAAAAAAAGAAGAUCUUACCUACCAGAUAUUCUCCCCGAUUCUAUCAUAAACAUGAGGAAGAGUCCAAGAAGAAGACCUCCAGUGAUAAGCCACCUAAAGAAAAUAAUGAUUUUGUAUUCUCUUCUAUAUGGGCGAUGAAAGCUAUUCCUGGAUGUUACCUACAAUAUCAGCCAUCUGGGGAGUCAAGAAACCCACCUGUGGAAGACACCUCUCACAAUACUAUAUAUAUGCCUCCAACUGCUCCUGGAGUCCAAGACACGGAAGAAGUACCCAGUGUCAGCUCAUCAGGGCGCCGCAUUUUGAAUUCUAUGAUGUGUCUGUACAACGAUAGUUGUUCUGCCCUAUUGUCUGCCCUCUCACAAAGGCAAACAAAUGAAUCCCCUAAUGAAGAAGAGCAGGAAGGUUCCUCAGAUUAUAAGUGUGUAAUCUGUGAGCCCAUAAGGAAUAAUCCUCACUUAUGAAAUCAUAUGGCAAUGAAAAACUAGUAAAAAAUGUUUUAAGGUUAAGUCGAAUUUUGCCAUCAAUAUAGAUAAAUCCAAUGAUGGCAAAUAAAUAA